AGCGUCAGGCAGCCGCGUAAUUCAGCGCUGCAUCCUGACAAGAGGGAACCUUUUAUUUGACGUACCCACUUCCGGCGAAUUUGGUCAGUCUCAGAAAUGAGUUUUGAGUGGCCUUGGCAGUAUAAUUUUCCUCCGUUUUUUACGUUACAGCCAAAUGUGGACACGAGACAGAAACAGCUGGCGGCGUGGUGCUCGCUGGUGUUGUCUUACUGUCGACAUAGUAAACUCUACACCUUGGAUGUUAUGGAGGCUCAAGAAAGCCCCGUUUUCAACAACAAGAAAAUAUCAAGAAAGCUCUCAGUAGAGGCCAUCCAGGUUGUCUUUGAAGAAUUAAGGAAAAAAGGGAACCUGGAGUGGAUGGACAAGAACAAAACACGCUGUCUGAUAAUGUGGAGGCGGCCUGAGGAAUGGGGAAAGCUCAUAUACCAGUGGGUAUCCAGAAAUGGGAUGAACAAUUCAGUGUUUACACUCUACGAGCUCUCUAACGGGGAUGACACAGAAAGUGAAGAAUUCCAUGGGUUGGAAGAGUGGAUGCUGCUCCGUUCUUUGCAGGCUCUACAGGCGGAGGGCAAGGCAGAGAUCAUCACGAUGGAUGAUGGGAAGGGUGUCAAGUUUUUCUGAGCCCGGGAAGGAGGGGCGCGUCUCGGUGCUGUGGGGGACUGUGUAGAUUGCUCUCUGCUAGGAGGACCCUAGGAAAAAGGUGUGUCUUCCACUGAAAAAAGUAGGAUAUGGGUCUCUUUCUUUCUUCCAUCGGUCACACUGACCACUGAGGGUAUUUCAGGAAAGCUGUCCUCUUUGUCCGUCACUUUGAUUUUCUUAAAGACAGUUGUUUUGUGUUCUUAUGUCCUUUCCUAUAUAGUUUAGGUGUAGACUAUUUUCUUUAAAUCAUAUCAAACAUAUAGGCAGAAAUGCUUCUGGUUACUGCCACAGUUAACGGACCCCAGAGGCAUUGUCUGAAAUGUCUGAGAUUGGGGUCAUUUCCUAUAAGAUAGAGCAUAAGGAGAGCCUCCCCAGCCAGAGAAACAGGGGGGGGGGGGGGGGGCGUCCUGUUUCUGCAUACUGAUGAAACCAUUUACUGUUCUGUACUGAUUUCUGCAUUUUUUUUUGUUCUUCUUUUAUAUCAACGUCAUGCUGUAAAAUAAAAAGGAAGUGAAAUUAGGUGUGUUUAAGCACUUCACUAUGUGGCGUUAUUUAUUAUUAGGGAAUGCACUAAACCUGAGCCAGGCUGACAAACAGCUGUUAAACAGUAUUUCAACAUGCAGUGACACUCAAGGCAGUGAUAAAGGAAGCCAAUGGUCACUUACAUUCAUUUGUUUUCUGUAAAAUUGCAUGAUGUUUGUUGAGCAAAUUUGAUCUUAAUAUCACAAAAAAAUGAGUUGUUUCUUGUUUGCAGAAUGGUCCAGUUAAGCAUACAGGUUCUGAAAAAUAUGUUAACACUUCACACUGGAAGUCAGACAAGCAGGCCAGUGACUCAGUGUAUAUUAGAAGCGUCAACCUGCAGUCCUGGGGGGCUGGAGCCCUGUGUAGCUUAGUUCUUUCCCUGUUCCACCACAAAUGAUUCAGCUCAAGUGCUGUGUGGUAAUUAGCACACGGAGUUGAAUCAGGUGUGUUAAAUGAGGGAAAACCCAAAAUUGUGCAGGGCUCUGGCCCCCCAGGGCAGGAGUUUGACACCCCUGGUGUAAAUAGUGUUCAAAUUUUGUCAAGUUAAACCAAUGGUAACACAUGUGGUUCUCCCUGCAUCAUUAAGGUGCUCACUGGAUGUCAUGAACAGGAGUGCAGUAUUCAUUAUGUAUGGGCAUUUCAUGUGGGCUAACAUAAGUUUACAAUAUGGUUUACUUCCUUGCUGUUUUAGUGUUAGUUGUUCUUUACCACUAGGUGGCAGAAUUACUGUAACUUAUUCUCGAAGGCUUAUCUGCUCCUACUACAUAGUUAAUCCUGAGCCAAAACUCAUUGUACAUCUGUUUACGCAGUACCUGUAUUUUGUUUGUAAAGUUAUUUGAUAUUUUUGAAACUAUACGCAGAUGUCUUCCUGAGACAAUUGGUUGCAUUUUUGACCGACUGGAAUCCAGUUACUUAGGAAAAAAUGAUCAAUGCUUUUGGUUUAUAACUACAGAACAAAAAUGCACAUUUACUGCUUCUUUGGUAAUUGAACUCCAAACCUAUAUAUUUUUUUUCAAGGAUAAAUACUUCAAAUAACUGGUAGGAAUAUGUUUAGAAGUUGUUCCUUGUUCACAUUGUUGCCAUUUUAGCUAUAUUUCUUGCUAGAGGAAUGUUUUACUUUGCUGUGCCUCAUUAAAUUCCAACAGACAACUGACCAAAAGCUAAAUUUAGGCUAAAUGUCAUUGACUUAAUUUUUAGAAGUAUGACACAAUGGGGAUGCUACAGGUUUAAUUAAAAUGUUUAUGAAACUUGUGACACGUUGAAAGUGCUGAAGCAUGAUUUAUAUGAUUAUAUAUAUUAUAUGAUUGUGGUCAAGCUUGGUAAUAAAUUCCUGUUUUCAUUGA